AUGCCGUCCUCCGAGAACAUCCUCCAGGGCGUGAAUGUCCUCGGCACCAUCACGGAGGAGCACAAGAAGAUCCUCACGCCUGAGGCGCUGACCUUCCUUGCCCUGCUGCACCGCUCCUUCGACUCUACCCGCAAGUCUCUGUUGGAGCGCCGGAAAUUGCGCCAGGCCGAGAUCGACCGCGGCGUCCUGCCCGACUUCCUCCCCGAGACCAAGCACAUCCGCGAGAACUCCGCAUGGAAGGGUGCGCCGCCCGCGCCCGGUCUGGUGGACCGCCGCGUGGAGAUCACUGGUCCCACUGACCGCAAGAUGGUCGUCAACGCCCUGAACGCCAAUGUCUACACGUACAUGGCUGAUUUUGAGGAUUCGAGCGCUCCUACCUGGGAGAACAUGAUCAACGGCCAGGUCAACCUUUACGAUGCCGUCCGCCGCCAGAUCGACUUCAAGCAGGGCGCCAAGGAGUACAAGCUGCGCACCGACCGCACUCUGCCCACGCUGAUUGUCCGGCCCCGCGGCUGGCACCUGACAGAGAAGCACUUUACCGUUGACGGCGAGCCCAUGUCUGGCUCGCUCUUCGAUUUCGGCUUGUACUUCUUCCACAACGCCAAGGCCUCGCUCGCCAACGGCUUUGGACCUUACUUCUACCUGCCCAAGAUGGAGUCGCACCUCGAGGCCCGCCUCUGGAACGACGCUUUCAACCUGGCCCAGGACUAUGUCGGUGUGCCCCGCGGCACCAUCCGCGGCACUGUCCUGAUUGAGACCAUCCUCGCUGCCUUCGAGAUGGAUGAGAUUAUCUACGAGCUGCGCGACCACAGCUCUGGCCUCAACUGCGGCCGCUGGGACUACAUUUUCUCGACCAUCAAGAAGUUCCGCUCGAACCCCAACUUUGUCCUGCCGGACCGCAGCGCCGUCACCAUGACCGUGCCCUUCAUGGACGCGUACGUCAAGCUGCUCAUCCAGACCUGCCACCGUCGUGGUGUGCACGCUAUGGGCGGCAUGGCCGCCCAGAUCCCCAUCAAGGACGACCCGGCCGCCAACGAGAAGGCCAUGGAGGGUGUCCGCGCCGACAAGCUCCGCGAGGUGCGCGCUGGCCACGACGGCACGUGGGUCGCCCACCCGGCCCUGGCCUCGAUUGCCACCGAGAUCUUCGACAAGCACAUGCCCACGCCCAACCAGCUGUUUGUGCGCCGUGAGGACGUCAGCAUUGGUGCCAACGACCUGCUCAACAUGAACGUGCCGGGCCAGAUCACCGAGGCCGGCAUCCGCAAGAACCUGAGCAUCGGCCUGGGCUACAUGGAGGCGUGGAUCCGUGGUGUCGGUUGCGUGCCCAUCAACUACCUGAUGGAGGACGCUGCGACGGCCGAGGUGUCCCGCAGCCAGAUCUGGCAGUGGGUGCGCCACGGCGUGUCCACGGCCGAGGGCAAGCGUGUCGACAAGGCGUAUGCCCUCAAGCUACUCAAGGAGCAGGCCGCGGAGCUCGCCAAGUCGGCACCGGCCGGCAACAAGUACCACCUCGCUGCGCAGUACUUCUCAACCCAGGUGACCGGCGAGGACUACGCCGACUUCCUGACAACGCUGCUGUACAACGAGAUCACUGCCGUCGGCAGCGCACGCCCUGCUUCGAAGCUGUGA